UUAAAAUAUUUCCUUGAAAUAAAAGUGCAAAAAAAAUAAAACGUCAACAAUCUGCAAUGAAUUGUUAAAUAAAUGUCGCAAAAAUUUUAAACAACAAGAAAAAAUUUCAAAGUAGUUACGUAAAAAAGUAUCUUACAAAACAAGUUACGCCCAAAAGUGUUUCAAUUAGAAUCGCUACAAUAUAAGGCCUGUUUAUAUAAAAAAGUCAUCAUUUGCAAAUAACAAAAUCAUAAAAACAAAAUUGUAGCUAAAAACAGAUAUUUUAACCAGCGAAAAUCAAACGAAAUACAAGAUAAUCAACAACAUAUAACACCUAAACGGAACAAAGACGGUUUCAAAGUGAAUGCAGUCUGUCGUGAAUGUACAACGGAUAUAAAGCGUAAGGGAGCAAACAAGUUUUAGUAUUUUUUCAAAUUAAACGGAUCAAAAAUUUAAUCUAAAAAUACAAGUGAUAAACAAAAUAAUUUAAAAUCAAAAGUGCAUCAACAGAAAAAUCAUUCUAUCAAUAAAAAGGUUAUAUAAUUAUUGUAACAAAAAAGAAAAAAAUGUGUUUGUAAAAAAGAAAAUAAUUGCAAUUAAUUUAAAAAUUUUAUUUUUUAAAUUAUUGGUGGAAAAAAUUGUAAGAAAAAAUAAUUAAAAAUUUCUUGGAAAUUUGUGUAUAAUGUCUAAAAGUGCUACUGAGCAAUUUCAAAUAAAAAAGAAAAGAAAACAUCCGUUAAGUGUUACUACCAGCUCUGUCACUGGUACACUCCUAAAUAAGUCCAACAAACGUUACGUACUCUCAGUGUCACCGACGUCGGACUUGUUAAUUAAAGAAAAUUAUUCGGAAUUUCAAAUUGAUGAUAAAGAAUCAAAAUUCAAUUCUUCUCUGCUACAAAUCAAAUCUAUAGCCGGAACAGCAGCAGCAACGGUAAACGCAGCUGCUGGCUACAAUUAUACAGAUUCAAGAAACAACAGCAACAACUUAACAACAACGGCAGUUGUACUAACGCCAGCAGCAACAUUAGGCGCAACAAGAACCAACAACUGCUUACGUGAUCAAACACAGGUAUUGGGCCACGACACUAUGCCACUUUCUCACGGAUUCUAUGUUAAGGGGGCUUUGGCCAGCAAACGAGGCCUCAAAUCUUUAAAAACGAAUGCAGCCUCGGGUUCCUCUGCAUCAACAGCACCUACCCAUGAAGAGGCGAAAAGACCACGACGCAGUAAUGAAAAUAUAAAAUUGAGAACGCCCUCUUUAAUGGCCGGUCAAACGGCUAAUAACUUACAACUUUCCUAUUUAUUGGGAGAGUCUUUGGCGCGACAUGGUCGUUUGCAGGAGGCCUUCGAUAUUUAUGCUCUCAUUGCCAGUGAGCAACCUGAGGGUUUUAUACCCCUGGAAAAGUUGAAUAUAUUAGCCACUGCUCUCUUAGAGCACAUACGCAUUUUGAGCUCAAAUUCCAAAAAUAAAACAGAUUUAGUGGAUGCUGAAAUGGAUGCCAUAAAGGCUACCACCAUAACCUCCAAGUCAGGGAAUAGUGAACAACAUAAACUAAUAACGCCGCUUAGAAAUAAAUACGCUUCCUCGUCAGCCUCUAAUGUUUUUAACUGGCAAUUGGCGGCGUCCGGUUUAAGCAAACAUUCAUCAAAAUUAAAGGAUUUAGGUACAGAUUUUCUAGCUGCAGCUGUGGGUGGUAAUUUGGAUUUACACUCACCCUCACGAGAACUAGCUGCAGCCAAUAAUAAUCAAAUGCCUGAGGAAUUUGACCCUUUACUGUGUCCCCUGUGUCGUGAUGUAUUGCGUUGUCCAGUGACCGCCAAUUGUGGUCACACGUUUUGUCGUCAGUGUUGUGAAACCAUAACCAUGUGCAACAUUUGUCAUGUUAAAUUUCCACGCUGGCAAAAGGAUGACUUUGGCGGCAGCAUCAAUGACAAUGGCAACUUUAACAGUAGUGGCUUUCAAAGUCAAAACAAACAAGCCUUACAAUUUACUACAUCCCUUGCAACUCUGUCAACAGCCACUACCACUACUACCAGUAUGGAUAUAAAUAUCAAUAGCUUGGUUAACAAUAACCACAAUCAACAACCGUUAUAUGCUUCAACAAUUUCUUCCUAUACUACCUCAUUGUCUGCCACCAGCUCUUCUUCAUCCUCCUCUACCACUCUCCAUGAUUUGCCACGCCUACAAAUCAUUGCCACACCUUUGGCCUCACCCACCACCGUUACUACCACUACUAUAGCCUGUACCACAGAUACGGCCACUACUACCAUGGCUUCUACCGCCUCUACCAGUGGUGUGGCCUUACGUUCUAACAGUUCCAAUGAUAAUAUGAAAUUUAUGCCCGAUGUUUUGGUACGACGUUUAGUGGAGAAAUGGUGGGGUGCCGAUUUGCAGGCGAAAAAAAUCAAUGAGACUGCUACCAGUUAUAUGCAUUUAAAUCUACUCGAUGAUGCUUUGAAAUUUUGUAAUGCCAGUUUGGAAAAAUCUCCCACAAAUUUCAAAAGUCUUUUAUUGCGUGCCGAAGUUUUAAGGAAAAUGAAUCAUUAUCAAAGCUCAUUGGCUGAUGUGGAUAAUGCAUUGAAAGCUCGUUAUACUUCAGCUAAGGCCCACUAUUUGCGUGCCUUGGCAUUAAGCGAUUUAAGCCGUUAUGAGGAAGCUUUAUAUGAAAUAUGUUUGGCUGUUGGUAUGGAUAAAUCUUCAAAUCUCAGCAAUACCGAAUUAUUUCAACAUGAUCUCACUAAGAUUCUCCAAAAACUCCUUUCCCAAACACCCAAAUGUCUCAAGGUUGACCUCUCAUCAUUGCGUGCUAAAGCACCCUACAGCGUAUACUCAGAACACAGAUUGAGGCGUAAGAAUAUUACGCUACUCAACAAUGCAGUACAGGAUGAAGAAUCUAUAAAUCUGUAUGAAGAUGAUGAUUUUCUUUCGGCUAAUUAUGGCAAAGAGUGUGAUAUAUUGGCCGAUGAAGAUGUUUUAGCUUGUACGGAUUUUUUAAAUUGUGUUGAUAAACGUUCAACUUAUGCAAGUAUUGCCAAGAAAUAUGAAUUGGAAUUGAAAAGACAAACAACUAGAAAACAUAUUAGACGAAAAUGGAUGCAAAAGGAAACAGAGCUGUUGCCCAGCAUUGAUGUGGAGAGUGCCAGAUGCAGCAGUCAAUUUCGUAAUGUAUUGGAGCGUAUGCAACAGGAAAUUGUGAGACUGAAAAAAGUAGAAUCUACUCCUGAAUAUUUCCAAAGACAACUAGUAGCUGUUAAUCCCUCUCUAAUAGAUGCCAGUGAUUUUGAUUGUGUUUUGUGUUGUCGCACUUUCUGGAAACCGGUGGUCACACCCUGUGGCCAUACUUAUUGUUUAGUGUGCUUGGAUCGUUGCAUGGAUUACACUUCCUCAUGUCCGUUGUGCAUGUCGCCUCUAGUGGAGCCCAGUCUGAAUAUGUAUCAGGGUGCCUCAUCGCCUGUUCCCUUAAUGCUAACCAAAAGACCGGUUACCAAAUUUCUAGAAGCCGCCAUGAAACGUUUCAUUCCAGACAGUUACCACAAACGUUUUCGCCAAGAAAUGGUUAUGGAACCCUCAGUGCCCAUCUUUAUUUGCACCACUGCUUUUCCCUAUGUUCCAUGUCCGCUUUUUGUUUAUGAGCCACGCUAUCGUCUAAUGGUGCGACGCGCUGUUGAAUCGGGUGAAAAACAAUUUGGCAUUGUCCAGCCACACAGUGGGAAAUCUCGUUAUUAUGAUUAUGGCUGUAUUUUGGAUAUAAGAGAUUGUGUUCUAUUGGGUGAUGGUUGUUCGAUUUUAAGCACUAUCGGCUGUAAACGUUUUAAGAUUUUGGCACGCAACGAAAAAGAUGGCUAUGAGACGGCUAAAGUGGAAUACAUACACGAUGAGACUAUACCAGAUGAGCAUUUAUCGUAUGUUAGUAAAAUGCAUGAUGUUGUUUUAUCGAAGGCCAUUCAAUGGUACAAAAGUUUAGGAGAGGAUUUAAAGCAUGAGAUUCUUCAGAGUUAUGGUGAAAUGCCCAUGGUGGAGGAGAAUUGGGAAACAAUAGCCGAUGGUCCGGCUUGGGCCUGGUGGAUAAUUGCUCUGUUGCCAUUGAGGCCUCAGUUAAAGGUUGAUAUCUUGGCAACAACAUCUUUAGAGAAACGUUUACGUGCCAUAGAAAAAACCAUACACUCUAUGCCGGGCAAUAGUCACUAUCAACGUGUAUCGCAAAAUUGUGAUGUUGCAGUGGUGGUACACAAUCAGCAACAUCAUUCGCAUCAUGAUGAAGACGAUGUUGAUGAGAUUGACGGCGAUGAGGGAGAUGAUGUGGUGCAUCGUGUUCAUGUAGACGAUGAAGAUGAUCUAACACAUGAUGGUAUUGAUGAAGAAGUAGAAGUUGAUGAUCAGCAACAGGCCUCUUUGCAGCAUCAUAGAGAAAAUGUUGCACAUGAUCAGCAACAACAUACAGCUCAUACACCCCUAGAGCAACAGCAACAAAUGCAUCAGCAACAGUGUGACAGUGUUACUACUGUUGAUGAAUGUUGUCAGCGCACAACUACAGCUGCUUUAGUUCAUGGUCAACUAGAGCCGGCGGAUGAAGCUCUAGAAUCUACAAAUGAUCAUCCACAUCAUCAUCAUCACCACCACCAUCAUCACCAUCAUUCUCAUCAUCGACAUCAUCGUUCCGGUCAUGCCCAUUCUUUACUUUUAUAAAAUUUCUUUAUAAUUAU